UCUAACUCACUUUACUUGUUUGUAGGCUUUGCAUUGCACCUACAUUUGCCUAUAAGAGCAUUUGGCCUCUCCCCUGUUAACAGUCAGCAAGCAUUACAACCUUUGUUUUUGAAUCUAGGAGCAAACAUGGCCUCUAACAAUCAACUCUUUCACCUCUUUUUGUUUCUUUGUUUAUUCCAGAUUACUUGUUUGCAUGCCCAACUCUGCACUCAACAACAGACCUCUGCAUUGCUCCAAUUUAAGCAACAAUUUUCCUUCUAUAAAUAUGCUUCCUACUUUCAGUGUGAUCUUUCCGGAAUCCAUUCUUACCCGAAGACGGAGUCGUGGAAGGAGGGUUCUGAUUGUUGCUCAUGGGAUGGGGUCGAGUGUGACAACAACACAAGUCAAGUAAUUGGCCUCGACCUCAGUUGCAGCUGGCUCAACGGCACCAUCCACCCCAAUAGCACCAUCUUCUACUACUUUCCUCAUCUCCACAGGCUCAACCUCGCUUUCAAUGACUUUGGUAUGUCUCGAAUCUCAUCUGAAUUUAGUCGAUUCACCAGAUUGACACACCUCAACCUCUCUGGCUCUAGUUUUUCUGGCAAAGUCCCUAUAGAAGUCUCCUUUCCGAGCAAAUUGGUCUCGCUUGAUCUCUCUUGCAAUUAUGGUUUGACGUUGGAAGAACCGGGAUUUGAAUUACUUGUUCAAAACUUAACCAAGGUAAGAGAUCUUAAUCUUGAUAGUGUAAACAUAUCUUCAGUGGUUUCGAAUUCCUUGCUCAAUCUGACUUCUUUAACACUUCUCGAUCUUGGUUCGUGUGGAUUGCUUGGAAAAUUUCCUGACGGAAUAUUCCAUUUACCACAUCUGAAUGAGUUGUGGAUAGGGGAUAAUCCUGCUCUCACUGGUUAUUUUCCCGAGUUUAUAAACUCGAGCAGUCCUCUCCAGUACUUGGCGCUUUCAGUCACUAAUUUCUCUGGAGAACUACCCGACUCAAUUGGGAAUUUGAAGUCCUUGACAGCGUUGUAUGCCGGUCGUUGUAAAUUUUAUGGAUCCAUCCCUACGUCGCUCGGAAACCUUACGGAAAUGAUUGAAUUAGAAAUCGGACAAAACAAUUUCACUGGCAUGCUCCCAUCUUCACUUUCAAACCUGGGAAAUCUCGUCUACUUGGCAGCUCGGGGUAAUAAGUUUGAAGGACCUCUUCCAUCACAAAUAAUUGGACUUCCAAAUCUAUGGUGGUUGGAUUUAGCUGAUAACUUAAUCAACGGCACAAUUCCAUCUUGGGUCUUCAGCUUACCAGCAUUGCAUUGCUUCAACAUCAGUAAUAACAAAUUGACUGGCCAUGUAAAACAGUUCAAAUCCACUCAUUUAACUACUAUUGAUUUGAGAAAUAACAACUUUCAUGGUAGGUUUCCAAGUUCAACCUUCAAACUCGUGAACCUUACUGCUCUCCUUCUUUCAUCAAAUAACUUCAGUGGUGACCUAGACAUGCUCUGUCAUGCAAUUUCCCUUCGAUUUCUUGUCCUGUCUAGCAAUAGCUUUAAUGGUUCUAUUCCACAAUGUUUAGGAAACUUCAGCACAUAUUUCUUUGUGCUCGAUCUGCGGAAGAAUAAUUUUUCUGGCACAAUUCCUAAUACAUUUGUAAAGGGAAAUUCCUUCAAAACUAUCAACCUUAAUGGAAAUGGAUUUGAGGGUACAGUACCAAAAUCUUUAGUCAAUUGCAAAAUGCUACGAGUGCUAGAUCUUGGAUGUAACAAGUUCUCUGACAAAUUCCCAUAUUGGUUGGAAAAACUACAUUGGUUGCAAGUUCUAAUUUUGAGAUCUAACAAAUUCCAUGGACCUAUGCCAACUUCCAAAGCCAAAUUUCCCUUCCUUAGCUUGCGAGUUAUGGAUUUGUCAGACAAUUAUUUUACUGGUCCACUUCCAAAAACAUAUUUCAAGAAUUUCAAUGCAAUGAUGAAUGUCAAAGAAGCCAAUUUUCAAUUGCAAUACAUAGAGAUACAUGGGGCUGAUGCUAUAUAUUAUUAUCAUGAUUUUUUGACUAUGGUAAUCAAAGGAUCAACCACUAAAAUGGAAAAAGUCUUAACCAUUUUCAUUGCCAUUGAUUUAUCAAAAAACAAUUUUGAAGGUGAGAUUCCAGAAAUCAUUGGAAGGCUAAAUUCAAUCCAAGGGCUCAAUUUAUCUCAUAAUAGCCUUACAGGUCAUAUACUAGCAUCUCUUGCUAAUUUGACAAUGCUUGAGUGGUUAGAUCUCUCUUCCAACAAACUCACUGGGGAGAUCCCUCAACAACUAAGGAAUUUGAUAUCCCUUGAAGUCUUGAACCUUUCGCAGAAUCAACUAAUAGGGCCAAUACCACAAGGCAACCAAUUUAAUACAUUUUUAAAUGACUCCUACAUUGGCAACUUGGCAUUAUGUGGACCUCCAUUGCUUAAUACAUGCAAUCCAAGGACACCACAACCACCACCCUUGAUGUUUCAACAAGAAGACAAUACUUCAAGUGGAUUCAAUUGGGAAGUCAUAUUACCAGGUUAUAUAUGUGGGCUUGUGUGGGGACUUGUUAUGGGAUAUCUUAUGUUCUCUAGAGGAAAACCUCAAUUGCUUGUGAGGAUCAUUGAAGGUGAACGAAACGAAAGCAGAAAGAGAUUUAAAAAGCAUGCUCACAAGAACAGAGGAAGGUGAAAUUAGCCAAUGCAAAUGAUGUCCUUUGUUGCGGUGCAUUUCAAUUUGAUCCAAGUGGCAUAGCUUUUUGGAGCUAGGGCGAAUUUUGGUCAAGCUGAUGCAUUACACAAUGCUGGGAAGUUGCAGAUACAAUAUCAAAUAUUAGAAUGUAUAUAUAUGUUAGUGAGUGUGUGUCUACUUGAUGAGUGUGCUGUUAAAUUUGUAAAAUAUAAAUUUUAAUUUUGAUUUAAAAAUGAAUAUGUUGUGUGCUAUUAUUAAGUAGUAAAGAUAUUGUUUCCCAUAUUGAAGAUCUAGGAUUGGAACCUUUUGCGUAGUUUGUAUUUUCUCGUGUUUGGAAUAAUG